AUGUCGUGAGAAUGGAAGUCGUUGCUUAGGUCGUUGGGUUCGAAGUGACGACACAGGGUUUGAGAGAGGAGAGCUCGCCCUACGGCGAACCUUAACUGACAGCCCUCCUCAGGCCGUGGCGGUGGUAAAUAACCUCGAAGCACAAGAUGGCGCGCCGUGAAGACUUCUGGACGCUACCGAGAAAAUGCAAAACUGGGCCAUGGCUAUGAUCCUCACUCAUAAAGUGUCGUGCCACCCUGAUAUCGAGAAUACAACCGUAAGAAGGUUCGGUACUUCCCGAAAACGUGUGCUCUGGCGAUCGCGAGAUGCGAGAGCGCAACCGGAGCAUGAAUUCAGAAACGAGACAUAUAAAGGUCUAUUGCGCAGCAAUACCAAGCCCGAAGCGACCAUUUCUGAAUUGCAGCGGGAUUUCCGCCGGAAGACGGUGGCGCACCAUGUGUGCGAUUGUCCUAGAUUUGGAAGGAGACCAUGGCACGCAAUCUCGACUCUUGAGGGACACGUUCGCAACGAAAUUCCCUCGUCCACCGCCAAGCAAGGGACCAUUCAUUGCCCACGAUACAGUCGUCAUCCGUCUCGGUGAAGACCAAUCUCGCCGAACGAUAUUUUAGCUACGUUGCACGAUGACCUCGCUUCACGGUCGGAGACAUUCUGUCCACCUG